AUGGCGUUGAAGAUCUCCAGCGACUGCUGGUCCCGCUGGGAACCAGUCAUCAAGCACAUCUCUGCCGAAUACGACUUUCCGGCCUCCUCCGAAGUCGAGCUCAACCUCUUCUUGCGCAUGUUCUCUGGCAACGGCAGCACCUUCCGCACCAAGAAAAAUAACUGGAAGUUCGUCAUCGACGUCACUCGCCGUGGCGAUAUCAUUGUUGACAUCGUCGCCAUUACCCUGACCGCCAGGCCUGGCGAAGACCCCCGAUGCAACGGCGCCGUCAUUACCCGAGCAUGCGACAUCCACCCGGACCCGGACGGCGCGGAGUACGUCGGCGCACCCCAACUACGUUGGGUCAUGGUCACUAGCGGAGGCAUGAGCUUUCAACAUUGCUGCGACAAGGAGUGUAGCGAGCCCGACAAGUUUCACGACACGCCAAGAUUAAGAAUCAACUGGGAGACCGCUCGUCUGAAGAUCAUCCAGAAGGCUUACGAGCAAGAAGUGCUGGCUUUGAGAGAACACAACAACACGCACUCCGAGCAGCAAGUGGCCAAUCUCCAUCAACGUCUCGAGGAUGUCUCACGCAGUCUUGCCAAAAGUCGCGAAUCGAAGGGGAAAUGGAAGAGAGUAGCGCGUAUGAGAGAGAAGGAGUAUACUGAGGUCCUUGAGGCCAACGACAUCAUGCACCACAAUUCGUUCCAUCGAGACAAGACCAUGCAGAAAGAGCUGGCAGAAAUGGAAGAUAUGAUGGAGGAGUCGACACUGGAGGAGAAAAGACAGCUCAUCGAGGAAGCACAAACGCGCUCUGCAGAAGAGAUCAGAACCCUCAAGCAAGUCAACGAGAAGAUGAGAGAAGAACGCGAGGCAAUGGAAAAGCGCCUUCGAAACCUGAAGAAGAUCAAUGGCGAACUUGAGAAAGGACGAGAAUCCGAUAAGCAAAAUCUCCAGGUUCUUUCGGACUCGAACAAUGGCUUGAAGGAAAGGAUCAAGUACCUUGAGAACAAGAGCUCUUACUCCGACACCAACAAUGAUGGCUUCAAAGACAUCAAAGAUCUUUCUUAUGAGCUCAAAACCCUCGAGAAGAACAUUGAAAUCCUCAAGCUGGCGCACAAGAAAGAAACCAGCAGCCUCAAAGCCACAGUCAAUCUUCUCAACGAGGCUAACUCAAAGCUCGACGCGGGAAAGCAAAGUAUCCAGGACAAUGUCAGCAAUCUCGAAGUCAAAAUUAAGACUAUGGAGGCUGAGGCCAAGCACUCCGGAAAUACGAUCACCAAGCUUGAAUCUGAGCUGCAACUCAAGAAUGACGACAACUUCCGGAUGAAGGCUGCGUUGGAUAAGGCUCACAAGGGUCUUCACGAAAAAGUACUCAAAUGCGCAGACGACACUGCAGAAUUCAAGCGCGAGAUGCGCGAGAAGGACGAGUACACACGACGCCUGCAGAACGAGUUGCAGUACACCCAACAGACCGUCCUCAACCUGCAUCGCAACAAUCUCGCACAGCAAGCACAUCAUCCUCCAGACGCGGUGUUGUUUCCACCCCAGCCUGCAGGCUUCGCUCAGGAACUUGAGAACCAACGCAACAUCUCCCGCCAGGCACAUGAGCGUGCGAAUGACCUACAGAGCAAAUUGGAUGCCACGGUCAUCGAAAUGGAAGCCAAGAUAUCAGAGUUGCACGAUAUCAAGAAGACUUUGAGCGAACAGUCCGCCGCGGUGUUGGACUUGGAGAAGAAAUGCGUCGACUACGUCGCCCAGAUUGCCUGUCUGCGAGUUGAGAAGGACGCCGCUGUGGCGCGGGCCACAGAGCUUGACAAGUUCUUGAAAUCCCAGACUGCCAGGGUCAAUCAAGAAAUCGAGUGCAGAAAGCAGCAGGCGCGGGAGCUGGAAGAGAAAUGCGCGGAGAAGGUUGCUGCCUCCAUCGACAUUCAAAAGAAAUGCUCUGAUAAUGAGGCGUACACCGCUAACUUGGAGAAGAAACUUGAGGAGCUGCGAGGGACAAUGGAGAGUGUGCUCCAGGGGGUCUCUAUUCAUCAAGGACGCAAGCGAAGACGUACCGAAGGACCGGAUUUCCAGCUUUGA